GGAGAUUGUAUCCCUGCUACUACAUAAAGGAGCAGAUAUCUGUGCGAGGGAUAAAUUUGAAGAAACGACGCUGCUUUUGGCCUGUAAGGAGAGAUAAGGAAAUGGCGUCUUUUCUGCUGGAUAACGGAACAGACUUGGACGUUAUACAGGGGCGAUAUGGAGAUAGAUGCACGAUACUUCCUUGGGUGACUGUUUGGGGAGAGCCGCAACUGGUGGGACUGCUGUUGAAGCGAGGAGCGAAUCCGCAAAGUGUGGAUGUUGAUUCGCUGAAGCGGCACAAAUACGCUAUACCAGAAGAUUUUGAGAGCGCAUUGAGGAUGGUCCGUUCACACUUGAAAGGUGUCGCCCUAUGAUCGGUCCGAAUGUGUUCAUAGUAUGGGGUGAAUGGUCUUCAGUUUUAAUUCCACAUGCAAUCUAUAUACACAACCCAUCUA